AAAAUGCGACGGAUUGAAACGCAGUUUGUUUCUGUUCUUUAAACAAGAAGACAAGUACAGAUGAGUACAGUUGUGCUAUUUUAACAUAUUUCAGUCCUAUUAUUUCGGUUAUAUCUGCGUUGUAUGUGUCCACUAUGAGCGGGGGUUUAGCACCAAGCAAAAGCACAGUGUAUGUGUCAAACCUGCCAUUCUCUCUGACCAACAAUGACUUACAUAAGCUGUUCUCCAAAUAUGGAAAAGUCGUGAAGGUUACUAUUGUUAAGGACAAAAACACUCGCCAAAGUAAAGGAGUGGCGUUUGUUCUCUUCCUGGACAGAGAAUCAGCUCAUAACUGUGCAAGGGCAGUGAACAACAAACAGUUAUUUGGCAGAUCAGUUAAAGCCAGCAUUGCCAUAGACAAUGGGCGAGCCACUGAGUUUAUAAGAAGACGAAACUACACGGACAAGUCCAAGUGCUAUGAAUGUGGGGAUACAGGACAUUUAAGCUAUGCCUGCCCCAAAAACAUACUAGGAGAGAGGGAACCUCCAAAGAAGAAAGAAAAGAAGAAGAAGAAAAGGGUACAACAACCUGAGCAUGUUGAAGAUGAAGAGAGCGAAGAAGAGGGAGAAGACCCAGCUUUAGAUAGUCUAAGCCAAGCCAUAGCUUUUCAGCAAGCCUGUAUUGAGGAAGAGGAGAACAAACAGAAAAGACAGGCAGAAGAGGACAGUGCUCAUGCUUCAUCAUCCUCAGACUCAAAGAAACCAAGGAUCAAAAAGAGUGCAUACUUCAGUGAUGAAGAAGAGCUCAGUGACUGAUAGUAUGCACACUGACUGUAGCAAGAUGUUACAUGAAAGAUGGAGUCAGUUUUGUGCUUCAUAGGGUGUGAAAAAUAUGUCUAUAGAUUUAUUGUCAUUCUGUUGUUUUUUUUUUUUGUUGUUUUCUUUUAACUGCUGUGCUUAGUUCAAUAAACUAAUUUAAUGUUUUAUUUUUUACGAA